AUGACAAAUUCAUCAGAUAAACAUAAAGAUCAAAUAAAACGUAAACAAGUUGAUGAUAAUAUAUUAGAAUCAUCGAUAUUUGAUAUUUUGGAAAAUGAUUUUCAAAUUGGAGAUAUUGUUUGGGCGAAAUUAAAUGGACUUUCAUGGUGGCCAUCAUUUGUUUACGGUUGUUUUUCGGAUAAUUGGAGAUAUGUUAAACCAAUGUCAAAACCUGGAUUAUCUACGAAAAAACAAUAUUUUGUUUAUUGUUUGGGUUCACAUUCGCAACAUGCAUGGGUUCAUCAAGCAUGUCUUUUUCGAUAUAAAGGUUUAGAAGAAUUUCUAAAUUAUUCAGAAACUCGAGCUGAACAAGCAACAACAAAACCAACAGAAGAACAAAUACGAAAAAGAUUUAGUGUAAAAAUGCCAGAAAAUUUACAUUCUUUAUGGAAACAAGCAAUUAAAGAAGCCGAUGAAAUUUUAGGUUUACCUAUUAAUUUACGUAAAAAUGUCUUUGAAAAAAUGCUACAUUCAUUAUUAGCUGGUACUAAAUAUUCAUUACCUCGACAAGAAACACAACGAACAGCAUCGUCUGAUCAUAUUUCCAUUGAUACAUCGAUCAAUGACGAACAGCAAUUACAAGUAAUAUCAAAUAAAACAAAAGCAGCUGAAAAUACUAAAAGAACAUUUUCAUUUAAUUCAACACAAAAGAAAUCAAAUGAAAUCGAUCAAUCAUCAAAUAUUCAAUCAAAAUCAUUUCUUUUACCAACAGUAAAUGAAUUAGAUAAUGAUGUUGUUAUUGUUAAAAUCAAUGCACCAACAUCAAUAUCACUUACAACUGCUAUUUGUCAUUUUCUUGAUAAAGGUAUUCCAUCAUUAACAAUUUAUGAAGAAAUUCGUCUUGUUAAUGGAUUAAUUAAUCAUCAAUUAAGUACAUUAUUAACAUUAACUGAUGCUCAAUUAUAUGUUGAACAAUAUGUAAUUAAUAUUGCUACAAUAAAUUAUAAUCAUCGAAUGUUAUUUGUUCAAAAUUUUAAACAAACAUUAAUGCCAAUAAAUAGUGAUAAAAUUCAAUUAAAAAAAUGGCAAUUAGCAACAUUAUUACAUGCACAUAUGAAUUUAGAACAAAGUUUUCAUUAG